AGUGAGGUUAUGUUCUUAUUUUGUAAUUAGUACUAAAAAUCAAUUAUAUUUAAAAUAAUUAAUCAGCAUGGAAGCAAUAUGGAAUCGCAUGCAAUUAGAACGUCCUCCCAAUGCAAGUUGUCAUAUCGAACGUCAUAAAUUUGAUGCAUCUGCAUUUCUAUUAACACUGGACAAAAUUAUAAAAGAUAUAACUUCUCAAGAAUUAUUGCAUAAAGAAGCAGCAAUUUUAAGCAGAUUAAUUUAUCGUAUGAAAAGAAAAUUUCGAAAUGACAAAGGUGUCAAAUCAAUGUCUAAAAUAAAUAAAGUUUUGCUCAAAUAUUUGUCAUUAUCACUUGAAAAGGAAUAUGAAAAUUUGAAGAGCUAUGUUGAAAUAGAUGAAAAAUAUAUUACAUUAUCUAGUAAACAAAUGAUAGAAUAUGUUUUGGUUAAAACGCAAGGUUUUGCAAAGCUUAUGUUACGUUUGGAAGAGGUCUCUAAACAUGCUGCAUAUUUUCUUAAAUGUAGAAUAAGUUUAGGUCAUGCCUGGUCUACUGCUAUUACUGCAUAUGCUGUUGUUAGUAGAAUAUGGAUUUUGUCAAGGUAUCUAGUUAAGAAAGCAUGUACAUGGUAUAAUGAUUUAUACCAGUACCUACACUUUUUUGAAUUUGUUGGAUUAUCUUGGCUACCCAAAGACUACGAACUUACAAAUGAUUUAAAAUCGUGGCUAUCAGUACCAUGGAUAGAUAACCCUAUCUCAAGCAUUCCCAGCGAUUAUGGAUUAAAGAAUACAAUGUUUAAAUUAAUUACCCCACGUGAAUAUGAUUCAGAUGAAGAUCUAGAUUGUGAUAUACAAGAUUACAACAAAGAAACAAAAUCUGAAAAUACAUUUUCAUGGGUUGAAAAUAAAAAUGCUAUACAUACUUCAGUUCCAAGUGAGAUAAAAAAUGUUGUCUCUAAUGAUGAUGCAGGAGAAAUUAUAGAUCGUCAUACUUUUAAUUUAAAAUAUAUUCAAAAUACAUCAAUAGCUGAUAGAAAGGAACAUAAAAAAUUCACAAAAAUUGGAGAAACAAAAGGAAAUACGGCAUAUAUUAAGGGCAGUAAUCAAGAAUCUUAUUUUGAUGAUUCAAGAGACGAAUUUGUAACCAAAAAGAGGAAGAAAAAUUCCGAAAAAAAAUUAAAAAAUUUAAUGGUAAAAAAUACCUCAAAAGGAUUAAUUACUUUCAAUGAUGUCAAUAAUACAUCAGAUUUAAUGAUACUUCUAAACAAAGAAUCGUAUCCUGGUUUGGAUAAAUUAAAAUGGAAUAUGAUUAGAAAUAAAGGCAAAAGAUUAUUAGACAAGUUGGAAAUUUGUUCUGAUGGAAGUAAGCAGUCAAUUCCAUUAAAAAAGAUAAUGAAAUGUAUAAAAAAUUGGAUUGCUUAAAUAUAGUAUAUUUAUAAAUACAGUGUAUGUAUAUAUAUAUGUUAAUAUCGAAUGUAAAAAUAAUAUAAAAAUAAA